GGGGUUUGGUGUGGGUGGACGACAGAUUAUUUUUUUCUUCUUUCUUUUUCUUUUCUGGUUCUUGAAUGGAGAAUGAGUUCUGGGAAUGUGCUUCGUCCCAAUCUUGAGCUGGACGGUGUUCCAAGCUUAGUCUAUAAGAGGCUUUCUGUCGAAAUAAUCUCCUAGGUACAAUUUCAAAAGUGGUCCUCUGGUAUAGUUCUUCUCUCCGCAACAACAAGAAGACCAUUGCAAGAUGUCAAGAAUUGAUUAAUGGGCAAAAAUAAGCAGUCUAUUGGUCCUUUGUUUGAUACCCUCAGAAUGGAGAGGGUUAGGACAAUCUUAACUCACACCUAUCCUUAUCCACAUGAACAUUCAAGGCAUGCGAUGACGGCAGUUAUGGUUGGAUGCCUGUUCUUUAUAUCUUCUGACAACAUGCAUACCCUUAUUCAGAAGUUGGACAAGAAUUUCAAAUGGUGGUCCAUGUACUUCUGCUUGAUUGGUUUUUUCUAUUUUUUCUCAUCUCCUUUUGUCAGGAAAACUAUUAAACCAAGCUAUUCAAACUUUAGUCGCUGGUAUAUUGCAUGGAUCUUUGUAGCAGCCUUAUAUCAUCUCCCGAGUUUUCAGUCGAUGGGAGUGGAUUUGCGGAUGAAUCUUUCUCUAUUUUUGACAAUUUAUAUCUCUUCAGUCUUUUUUCUUAUUGUGUUUCAUAUCAUAUUUCUUGGCCUUUGGUAUGUGGGUCUUGUUUCUCGUGUAGCAGGGAAACGGCCAGAAAUCCUAGCCAUCAUCCAGAAUUGUACAGUCAUUAGUAUAGCUUGCUGUGUAUUCUAUAGUCAUCGUGGAAACCUAGCUGUUGUAAGAGAAAACCACUUUGAUAGAAGGACUUCAAGUUGGUUGUCCUUUUCGUUUUGGAAGAAGCAAGAAACAAACACUUGGAUAUCAAAGUUUCUCAGAAUGAAUGAGUUUAAAGACCAGAUUUGUUCAUCUUGGUUUGCUCCAGUUGGAUCUGCAAGCGACUAUCCUCUUUUUUCUAAAUGGGUCCUUUAUGGGGAGCUAACAUGCAGUGGAUCAUGUCCUGGUCUUUCCGAUGAAAUAUCCCCUUUAUUCUCAUUGUGGGCGACAUUUAUGGGACUUUACAUGGCUAAUUAUGUGGUGGAACGGUCAACUGGAUGGGCUCUCACACAUCCUUCAUCAAUAUCAGAAUAUGAGAAGUUGAAAAAGCAAAUGAAGCCUGAUUUCUUGGAUAUGGUUCCAUGGUACUCAGGGACAUCAACUGAUUUAUUCAAAACGGUAUUUGAUCUCAUGGUGUCAGUAACUUUGUUUCUGGGUCGGUUUGAUAUGCGUAUGAUGCAGGCUGCUAUGAGCAAGGUUCCAGAUGAAGCCAAGAAUGGUGAUAUUUUCUAUGACCAUUUGUCAGAAAGAGACAAUUUUUGGUUUGAUUUUGUUGCAGACACUGGUGAUGGUGGGAACUCGACAUAUACAGUGGCUCGACUAUUGGCCCAACGUUCACUACAUUUGAGCCUUGGUGACUCUACCCGUUCUCUUCAACGUGGUGAUUUGCUUCUUAUUGGAGGGGAUCUUGCGUAUCCAAAUCCUUCUGCAUAUACAUAUGAGAGACGCUUAUUCUGUCCUUUUGAAGAUGCUCUCCAGCCUCCAUCCUGGUACAAAGCUGAACAUAUAGCAGUAAGCAAACCAGAGCUUCCGUAUGGUGUGUCAGAAAUGAAGCAGUAUGAUGGGCCUCAAUGUUUUAUAAUUCCUGGCAACCAUGAUUGGUUUGAUGGGCUUCACACUUUUAUGAGAUAUGUGUGCCACAAGAGCUGGUUGGGUGGGUGGUUUCUGCCUCAGAAGAAGAGUUAUUUUGCUUUGAAGCUUCCCAAAGGAUGGUGGGUGUUUGGUCUUGACCAGGCUCUUCAUGGUGACAUUGAUGUCUACCAGUUCAAAUUUUUUGCAGAAAUAUGUCGGCAAAAGGUUCAAGAAAAUGACUGUGUCAUUGUAAUAACUCAUGAGCCUAAUUGGCUUCUUGAUUGGUACUGGAAUGAUGUCACUGGGAAAAAUGUCUCUCAUCUGAUAAAGGACUACCUGCAUGGUAGAUGUAAGCUUCGCAUUGCUGGGGAUUUGCACCAUUAUAUGCGCCAUUCUUUUGUUCCAUCAGAGAAGCCUGUUUAUGUGGAACAUUUGCUUGUAAACGGUUGUGGUGGAGCCUUUUUGCACCCUACACAUGUUUUCCGAAACUUUAAUAGCUUUUAUGGAAGUUCUUUCAAAAGCAACGCUACGUAUCCUUCUUAUGAUGAUUCUAGUAGGAUUGCUUUGGGCAAUAUUCUGAAGUUCAGAAGAAAGAAUUGGCAAUUUGAUUUCAUUGGUGGUAUCAUAUACUUCAUAUUGGUGUUUUCUAUGUUUCCACAGUGUGAUGUUUUCCGCAUCUUACAUGAUGAUUCACUGUCUGGACGUCUCAACAACUUCUUUAGUACAAUGUGGAGGAACUUCUUGUAUAUGUUGGAACACUCUUAUGUUUCUCUGGUGGGUACUCUCCUGUUGACAGUGGCAUCAUUUUUCUUUUUGCCAACAAAACUAUCACGGAAGAGCCGGGCUGUAAUUGGUGUUCUUCAUGUUUCUGCUCAUAUGUUUGCUGCCCUGAUUUUGAUGUUGCUUUUGGAAUUGGCUAUUGAUAUAUGUGUCCGCAAUCGUCUAUUAGCGACUGCAGGCUAUCACACUCUCUAUGAAUGGUAUCGAUCCAUGGAAAGUGAGCAUUUCCCAGAUCCAACUGGACUACGCGCCCGUAUUGAACAAUGGACAUUUGGACUUUAUCCUGCCUGUAUAAAGUACCUCAUGUCGGCUUUUGACGUUCCUGAGGUUAUGGCUGUCAGUAGAAGCACAAUCUGCAGGAAAGGGAUUGAGACCCUUCCACGUGGUGGUGCCAUUAUCUACUAUGCUUCAGUAUUUCUGUAUUUCUGGGUCCUCUCUACACCCGUUGUAUCUCUGGUAUUUGGCAGCUAUUUAUAUAUCUGCAUCAACUGGUUCCACAUUCACUUUGAUGAAGCCUUUUCCUCCCUUCGCAUUGCAAACUAUAAGGCAUUUACUCGCUUCCAUAUUACUCCGACUGGUGAUCUUGAAGUCUUCACUCUUGCAGUUGACAAGGUUCCGAAGGACUGGAAGCUGGAUUCCAAGUGGGACACCGAACCGAAAGAGCCACUGCAGUUGAGCCAUCUCAGAAUGUUCCCCAGCAAAUGGACGGCGGCUACUGGCACAGACCCAGUUAACUCUGUGCGCAUUAUCGACCAUUUUGUCAUCCAACGGACACCGAACCCUACUGCUGAUGCAAAUGGUUGAUUCCCUUGUCAUAUUUUAUCUGGGCUUGUAUCAUAGUUGUAAAAAAAAAAGGGGGAAAUAUCAACCAUGUUCAUUGACCACCACUGGCAGCAACAAGGUUGAUUGACUUGUCAUAUAGGAAAUCAGAUGGCUGAUUUCGGUUGAUUGACUUGUCAUAUAGGAAAUCAGAUGGCUGAUUUCUCUCGAUAGUUUUAAACAGUCAUGGGAAUACUGGCAAUUUAGAAGGGAAUAGCGGUAAUAUCAAGUUUCGAUGUCCUUUAUUUUUUGGGGCAAAUGCUUUUUGGUU